AGACCUCACACACUCCUGGACGGUCUGUGACUGCGAGCUUCUUUAUUUCUUUAUAUAUACACACACAUAUAUAAUAAUAUACACAUAUAUACAUAUAUAUUUGAGCGAACUCGAGCUGUGCGUCCUCACAGAAAACAAACUUUUACCGGGACAUAUGAGGCUUCCCCGGUCAGCUGGACUCAAACAGGCAUCAUGACGCGGCAUUCGUUAAGAAUAUUACUUCCUGCGACUCUCUUGAUCCUGUGUUUGCUUACUCAGAGCUCAGAAGUGGAUGCUCAAAAUCCAAAUGCUGUCACUGGUCUCAAUGUCUCUAGCAAAACCACAUCAUCUGUGUCUCUAACCUGGAAUGAGCCACAAGGGAGCAGGCCCUUUACAGUAAACUGGACUGAUGGCACUGGGAAUAACAGCAUUGACACUUCUAACACGUCUUACACUGUCACUGGUCUGACUGCUGGAGUGAACUACACAUUCACUGUUACUGCAGUUGCUGCAGAAACCCAAACUAGAGGAGCACCAGCUCAAAUCUCAGCAUUCACACAUCCAGAUGUUGUCACUGGUCUCAAUAUCUCUAGCAAAAACACAUCAUCUGUGUCUCUAACCUGGAAUGAGCCACAAGGGAGCAGGUCCUUCUUUACAGUAAACUGGACUAAUGGCACUGGGAAUAACAGCUUUGACACUUCUAACACGUCUUACACUGUCACUGGUCUGACUGCUGGAGUGAACUACACAUUCACUGUUACUGCAGUUGCUGCAGAUUACCAAACUACAGGAGCAUCAACUCAAAUCUCAGCAUUCACAAAUCCAAAUGUUGUCACCAGUCUCAAUGUCUCUAGCAAAACCACAUCAUCUGUGUCUCUAACCUGGAAUGAGCCACAAGGGAGCAGGUCCUUCUUUACAGUAAACUGGACUGAUGGCACUGGGAAUAACAGCUUUGACACUUCUAACACGUCUUACACUGUCACUGGUCUGACUGCUGGAGUGAGCUACACAUUCACUGUUACUGCAGUUGCUGCAGAUAACCAAACUACAGGAGCACCAACUCAAAUCUCAGCAUUCACAAAUCCGAAUGUUGUCACCAGUCUCAAUGUCUCUAGCAAAACCACAUCAUCUGUGUCUCUAACCUGGAAUGAGCCACAAGGGAACAGGUCCUUCUUUACAGUAAACUGGACUAAUGACACUGGGAAUAACAGCUUUGACACUUCUAACACGUCUUACAAUGUCACUGGUCUGACUGCUGGAGUGAGAUACACAUUCACUGUUACUGCAGUUGCUGCAGAUAACCAAAGUACAGGAGCACCAACUCAAAUCUCAGCAUUCACAAAUCCGAAUGUUGUCACCAGUCUCAAUGUCUCUAGCAAAACCACAUCAUCUGUAUCUCUAACCUGGAAUGAGCCACAAGGGAGCAGGUCUUUCUUUACAGUAAACUGGAUUAAUGGCACUGGGAAUAACAGCUUUAACACUUCUAACACGUCUUACACUGUCACUGGUCUGACUGCUGGAGUGAGCUACACAUUCACUGUUACUGCAGUUGCUGCAGAUUACCAAACUAGAGGAGCACCAACUCAAAUCUCAGCAUUCACAAAUCCGAAUGUUGUCACCAGUCUCAAUGUCUCUAGCAAAACCACAUCAUCUGUGUCUCUAACCUGGAAUGAGCCACAAGGGAGCAGGUCCUUCUUUACAGUUAACUGGACUAAUGGCACUGGGAAUAACAUCACUGACACUUCUAACACGUCUUACACUGUCACUGGUCUGACUGCUGGAGUGAGAUACACAUUCACUGUUACUGCAGUUGCUGCAGAUUACCAAACUAGAGGAGCACCAACUCAAAUCUCAGCAUUCACACAUCCAAAUGUUGUCACUGGUCUCAAUAUCUCUAUCAAAACCACAUCAUCUGUAUCUCUAACCUGGAAUGAGCCACAAGGGAGCAGGUCCUUCUUUAUAGUUAACUGGACUAAUGGCACUGGGAAUAACAGCUUUGACACUUCUAACACGUCUUACAAUGUCACUGGUCUGACUGCUGGAGUGAGAUACACAUUCACUGUUACUGCAGUUGCUGCAGAUUACCAAACUAGAGGAGCAUCAACUCAAAUCUCAGCAUUCACACAUCCAAAUGUUGUCACUGGUCUCAAUGUCUCUAUCAAAACCACAUCAUCUGUGUCUCUAACCUGGAAUGAGCCACAAGGGAGCAGGUCCUUCUUUACAGUAAACUGGACUAAUGGCACUGGGAAUAACAGCUUUGACACUUCUAACACGUCUUACACUGUCACUGGUCUGACUGCUGGAGUGAGAUACACAUUCACUGUUACUGCAGUUGCUGCAGAUUACCAAACUAGAGGAGCACCAACUCAAAUCUCAGCAUUCACAUAUCCAAAUGUUGUCACCAGUCUCAAUGUCUCUAGCAAAACCACAUCAUCUGUGUCUCUAACCUGGAAUGAGCCACAAGGGAGCAGGUCCUUCUUUACAGUAAACUGGACUAAUGGCGCUGGGAAUAACAGCUUUAACACUUCUAACACGUCUUACACUGUCACUGGUCUGACUGCUGGAGUGAGAUACACAUUCACUGUUACUGCAGUUGCUGCAGAUAACCAAAGUACAGGAGCCUCAACUAAAAUCUCAGCAUUCACAAUGCCAGAUGUUGCCAGCAAUCUCACUGCCUUUAUCAAAACCAUAUCAUCUGUAUCUCUAACCUGGAAUGAGCCACAAGGGAACAGGUCCUUCUUUACAGUAAACUGGACUAAUGGCACUGGGAAUAACAGCUUUAACACUUCUAACACGUCUUACAAUGUCACUGGUCUGACUGCUGGAGUGAGAUACACAUUCACUGUUACUGCAGUUGCUGCAGAUAACCAAACUAGAGGAGCAUCAACUCAAAUCUCAGCAUUCACAUUGCCAGAUGUUGCCAGCAAUCUCACUGCCUUUAUCAAAACCAUAUCAUCUGUAUCUCUAACCUGGAAUGAGCCACAAGGGAGCAGGUCCUUCUUUACAGUAAACUGGACUAAUGGCACUGGGAAUAACAGCUUUAACACUUCUAACACGUCUUACACUGUCACUGGUCUGACUGCUGGAGUGAGAUACACAUUCACUGUUACUGCAGUUGCUGAAGAUAACCAAACUACAGGAGCAUCAACUCAAAUCUCAGCAUUCACAAAGCCUGACACUGUUAGCAACCUCACAGCAGUUAAUGUUACAACCACCUCUAUAUUACUGCAGUGGACUGAAGCAAUGGGGGAAAUUUCCCAUUAUGUAAUCAAAUAUGAGAAUUUCAAUACGACAGUCAAUGAGACUACUGAAAUCACCAGCAUUAACAUAAAUAAUCUGACUCCUGGAGUACAGUACACAUUCAAAGUGUUUGCAGUUGCUGCUGAUAAUACAACAGAUGGAAAUUACAGCUGCGUUUCUGCCUACACAAAACCUGAUGUUCCAAAAAACCUCACAGUGACUGACAUUACAACAAGCUCAUUGUUUCUGAACUGGACUCAACCAAUAGGAGAAAGAUUUUUCUUUAAAGUACAGUGGAGUCAUGACAACAUAACAAUGAAUUCAGCAACCAGAAACACUUUCUUUAACAUUACUGAUCUCAGUCCUGGAGUCAGAUACACCUUCCUGAUAUCUGCUGUUGCUGCAGAUAAUAUAACAGAAGGAGAAGCAGUUGGUCUUUCAGUCUAUACAAAGCCUGACACUGUUAGCAACCUCACAGCAGUUAAUGUUACAACCACCUCUAUAUUACUGCAGUGGACUGAAGCAAUGGGGGAAAUUUCCCAUUAUGUAAUCAAAUAUGAGAAUUUCAAUACGACAGUCAAUGAGACUACUGAAAUCACCAGCAUUAACAUAAAUAAUCUGACUCCUGGAGUACAGUACACAUUCAAAGUGUUUGCAGUUGCUGGAGAUAAUAAAACAAAAGGAAAUAACAGCUGCGUUUCUCUCUACACAAAACCUGAUGUUCCAAAAAACCUCACAGUGACUGAUAUUACAACAAGCUCAUUGUUUCUGAACUGGACUCAACCAAUAGGAGAAAGAUUUUUCUUUAAUGUACAGUGGAGUAAUGACAACAUAACAAUGAAUUCAACAACCAGAAACACUUUCUUUAACAUUACUGAUCUCAGUCCUGGAGUCAGUUACACCUUCCUGAUAUCUGCUGUUGCUGCAGAUAAUAUAACAGAAGGAGAAGCAAUUGGUCUUUCAGUCUAUACAAAGCCUGACACUGUUAGCAACCUCACAGCAUUUAAUGUUACAACCACCUCUAUAUUACUGCAGUGGACUGAAGCAAUGGGGGAAAUUUCCCAUUAUGUAAUCAAAUAUGAGAAUUUCAAUACGACAGUCAAUGAGACUACUGAAAUCACCAGCAUUAACAUAAAUAAUCUGACUCCUGGAGUACAGUACACAUUCAAAGUGUUUGCAGUUGCUGCAGAUAAUAAAACAAAAGGAAAUAACAGCUGCGUUUCUCUCUACACAAGUAAGAUAUGAGUUAGAAAUAUUGCCAGAAUAUCAUAAAUAAUUUAUUUUGAAGGCAGCAUGGUGGUGCUGCAGGUUGCAUUGCAUGGCAUCCACAGUUCCAUACUGUAUUCAGGUUCCUGUCUUGUGGAGUUUCUCAACAUGU